UAAAUUUUUUAGACUUGAUCGAAGAGAAGAAUAUCUUCUAUAUUGCCUUUAAUUUUUAUUUUGUGAUAAAAUUUAUUCAAUUUUAACUAAGAUUGUUAGAGAACGGCAAGAUAGAGACAAAAUUAACGUGGUACGUAAUUAAAAUAAUUCUUCACCAAAAAAUAUACAAUGGGCUCUAAAAUAUAAUUGGAAGAUUCCAUUUAGCGAGUAAAUAUGGUACAACUUGGCAUGCCAGCUGCCUCGCCCAAGCAACUGGUACAAGACUAUGAGUUGACCUGUUACAUCCAUGCAAGCCAAACUAUUUGUAACUAAACACUUCAGUUCUUGAAACAUUCACUCUUCAAGGUGAAAAUUUUCAUAAUAUCCUGCUUUGUUAUAAAUAAUGUUGAGUUCUGGCCAAUCUACAUGGCCUCAUAUUCUUGUCUUGUUGAUUCUGUACAAGUUCACAAUUUCAGCAAGUAAAUCAGUCUCUUACACCAAACACUGUGCUUCUGUUGUCCCUGAGGCAACUCCAACAACUUAUGAUACAAAUGUCACCUUUUCUGAACUGGAUACCUUAAAUUCUUUUGUGCCAGAGGGUCGAAGAAUCUUCCGCCAGAAUUCUUCUGUAACUUCUCUCAAUUUUCGCUCAGUAGGACGUAUCUAUGAAACAGAUCUUAAAGGUGUUUACAAGAUUGAUGCUGAGUUGAGAAUACGGGUUUAUAAUUAUAUUGAUGAUACUUAUGAUUUUGUGAGCACUUCAACUCAGGGAAGAUCAUCUCGACGUCCUAGGAGGUUUGAACGGUUGAUAUUCUUGAUACAUGGAUUCUGGUCAGAGUCUUCUGGGAAAGGCUGCUUAGUGGGAUCUGCUCCUUGGUACUCAAGUAAAGUAUAUUCUGUUCCUGAAGUAACUUGGUAUGAGUAUAAGUUAAUAUCUGAGGAAACUGUGAAAGAAUACUAUGUAUUUCAUAAUGCUGAAAGUUCAGUUCCUGGUUCAAAACUUGGAAAGAUAUGUUCGUUUUUCAACAAAAUGCAUCUCUCUGAUUUUUCUCUGGAGUAUGCGCGCAGUUGCAACAGUUCUUUAAGGAAAUGUUCUCUGCUUGACGGAGUAGAUAAAUAUUCGCCUGGUUAUGUUUCCUUGUAUAUCAUUCAAUGCAAUGAAUACAGAAAGAUGAUGCGCAUUUUGGUACGCCUUCCGACCCCGGGCUAUGAUGAGAGGUAUGAUAUGUUGGAUCCCAACACAACAUUAGUUGGGGAAGGAUUGUGGGAUGAGAAAACGAAUUCUCUAGUCAUCGUUGCUUGCAGGACUUCAAGUUCCAGUUCUUCCGGAGAUGCUCAUCUUGGGGAUUGUUCAUUUCGGUUAAGCCUGUAUUACCCUUCAGUAUGGUCAAUUAAAACCAGGGACAAAGUUGUGGGACGGAUUUGGACAAAUAAGACUGCACAAGAUGUAGGGUACUUCGACCCGAUCAAUUUCAGGAAUUCUGUUGGAUUCAUAAAAGUGCCUGGUUUUAAGUAUGAAUACACUGAAAUUGAGAAGGUAAAUAAGCUAUGCCCAACGAAGGCUCUUACAAGGGGAGAGAGAUACCCAAGUGGAGAGUUCUAUGAUAUGAGGUUUGACAUGUCUUUGCAAGACUCAGAGUAUAUUGGUGGGGGUUCUGCAAAACCGAUCUUCAUAGGCAAUAAAUCGUAUCUGGAUUAUUCUGUUUUUAGAACAAACUCAAGACAGGGAGGUAAUGGAGAAAAUGUAAAAUCCGAAGUGGAGUUUGAAAAUGUUGUUUCGGAUAAUGUUCAAUUGAAUGUUAGUUACAAAUUGGGGAUUUCAUUAAUGAGUGGUGUCAAAUCGGGAUCUGGCCGUCAUUCUAUACUGCAUACAUCCUUCAGACCACACGGUUAUAUAAUUAUAUCUGCUGAAGGAGUUUAUGAUUCUGGAACAGGAUCCCUUUGUAUGACAGGCUGUAGAAAUCUGGCCUUUCGCAAUUUUCAGGACUGUGAUAUAGUCCUGCAUUUCCACUUCCCCGGAUCAACCAGGGCUAAAGGUGGUUUUAUGAAGGGUAGCAUACAAAGCACAAGGAAUCAAAGUGACCCGCAUUUCUUUGAGCAGUUGAACAUGACAUCAUCCGCCUCCACCAGUUCUGAGGAACGGCAAUCCUUAUGGAGGAUUGAUUUAGAGAUCACAAUGGUUUUGAUCUGUAACAUGAAUGCAUGUAUACUUGUUUGUUUUCAGCUUUACCAUAUGAAAAGGUAUCCUAGUACCGUUCCUCAUAUGUCACUUGUUAUGCUUGUGAUACUUGCAUUGGGGCACCUGAUCCCUCUCGUCCUAAACUUUGAAGCACUGUCCAUGGCACCGCAAAAUACACAAACUAUAAAGCUAGGUAGAUUUGAAUGGCUAGAAGUGAAUGAGGUGAUUGUAAGAGUUGCUACAAUGGUAGCCUUCAUCAUGCAAUUCCGUCUCCUUCAAUUAGCCUGGACUGCACGACAUGCUGGCCAGAGUACUGAUCCGGACAUAUCAGUUGCUGAGAUAAAGACUUUACUAGUUUUGUUGCCAAUAUACAUAGUUGGUGGGAUGGAUGCAUAUCUUUUGAAAUGGGAGAAGUUUAACUAUAGCAAGUCAUCGCGUGCACUUAACUAUUCACGAGUUCAGUACCAACAAUAUACUCUCUGGGGAUAUUUGAGAUCAUAUGCUACCCUGAUACUUGAUGGCUUUCUCUUUCCCCAAGUAAUUCUCAAUUUAUUCCAGAUGUCAAGGCAAAGUGCUCUGUCUAUGCCGUUUAUCCUAGGAACGACAUUGGUUCAUUCAGUUCCUCAUGCCUACCACCUUUAUGUCAACAACUAUGUGUACGCAAAUCCUAGUGCAGAUUUUUAUUCUGCCGCUUGGGAUACCAUCAUUCCACUGGCAAGUUUUUUGCUCGUUGCAGUCAUAUAUUUGCAGCAAAGGUAUGGUGGCCUUGUUAUUCUUCCUACGAAAUUCAGGGACUUGGAAUUAUAUGCAAAAGUGCCUGAAGCUUAAUGGCAAUAUUGUUGCUUCUCUGGUUUAGUAAUUUCUGUAAUGUAUUGUUGCCGUUUGCGGGCUUCUGUAUAUUUAACAAGAACUUCUUGUCCUCUCUGAAUAUUGUUUGUUUCUUAAAAUUGGAAUUAUGAUUGCUUUUCUGUUUUGAUUA